UCGAAACCGAAAGUUUUACUGAAAAGAACCGCCGCAUCGUGCCUUGGCAGUGUCCAAGCCGUGUGAGCGGUGUGGAAAUCAACAUAUUUCACAGGGUGUUUUAAAAAUGAAAACAAAAUGCCUAACUCAGUCUGGGCUGACAGGUAUUCAUACAUGUUAUUGGAUGGUUUCCUUGAUGAACAUCACACAGUGGAGAACCUAAGACGUGUGUCACCCAUCUCUGUGAAAAGUGAACUGUCAGUGAAUCUACCCAUCACAUUCAGUGAAAUGAACUGUGGAGUGAAGCGUGCAAAGCUAGAAGCAGCACAGGCUUUUUUUUCUGACCAGUUAGUGGAUCAACUGGGUACCUACAGCUGGUAUGAUUCAGUGUCUCCAGUUCCAUCACCUUUAUCACUUGCAUCCAACCAGACAAUGGAUUGCCCUUUUGUGUUUAAAAGAAGAUCUGAGGAGAUUCCAUCACCGUGUGUGUCUUAUCGAAGUGACCAGUCUAUGUAUGAACCCAUGAGAUUCAAAGACAAAAGAGAAAUCUUUUUACCCAGAUACAUGCAUGAUACAGUGUCUCCAGCUCCAUCAUCUAUUUCUCUUGCAUCCAACCAGUCAAUGGAUCGUCCUUUUGCAUUUAAAAGAAGAUCUGAGGAGAUUCCAUCACCGUGUGUGUCUUAUCGAAGUGACCAGUCUAUGUAUGAACCCAUGAGAUUCAAAGACAAAAGAGAAAUCUUUUUACCCAGAUACAUGCAUGAUACAGUGUCUCCAGCUCCAUCAUCUAUUUCUCUUGCAUCCAACCAGUCAAUGGAUCGUCCUUUUGCAUUUAAAAGAAGAUCUGAGGAGAUUCCAUCACCGUGUGUGUCUUAUCGAAGUGACCAGUCUAUGUAUGAACCCAUGAGAUUCAAAGAAAAGAAAAUCUUUUUACCCAGCAAUGCUGGACCUAGAAAUAGGUCUUGUGAUAUCUGCGAGCAGAAACAAGCAGUAAAGUUGUGUAUGACCUGUGAUGUCUUCUACUGUGAAGUCCAUGUGAGACAACACUACACAGUAAAAGCCCUGCAGAGACACACUCUGCUUGAUGCAACAGAAGAUCUGAAGCCAAGAAACGACCAGCUACAAAUGCUCGAUGUCAAAUCAAAGCAAAAAGACAUCUUGGUACAACAACUUCUAAAAACAAUUGGCGAGUUGAGAGCACAAAAUCAGAAAGUUGAGUCAGAGUUGUCCUUCUUCACAAAACAUUUUUACAGAGGAAUUGGAGCUGCUAAUGAUUUUACCUCAGACCUUGUUGAAGUUGCAGCUCUUGGUCGGCAGUUAGACCUUGGGAUACUGUAUGACUGCCGCAGUGAUUCUUUCAGCCCAGAUGACUUUUUGUGGGAUAAUGACACAGUAACCUCUGUGAAGUUGUCAAUUCCUCAGUUCUAUUCAGAUGAAAGGAUUUUAGAGGGAGACACUUUACAUGACAGAUUAAGUGCUUUGGAACUAACCGUUCCUUUAAGAGCGAGUGUAAUAUCAGGGCUGGCUGAAGUGUCUGGAGCUGCUGCAUUUCUGAAGCACCCAAAUCAAUUACAACUACAGGAGAGAGUCACUCUGCACUUCAGGACUUCCACCAGACUGGACAUGCUCAGUCACAAACUGCUGCAUGAUGGACCUCCUCUGCCACAGACCAGUUCAAACACAGCAACACACGUAGUCGUGGCAGUUCUGUAUGGAGCCCAGGCAUUUUGUGUCCUUGACAGGAAUCGUAUAGGAAGCAAGAAAGACACUGAACUGAGAGAGGAAAUCAAGAAGAUGAUGACAUCCUCCGGUGAAACAGAACAGCUGUCCAGUCUCGGUGACGGCAAUCUUUACAUUGAUGGAAAUGUCUUGCAAAGUUCUGAAAAAUGUUACACAGCAGUAAAUCACUACAGGAGUCUUAAAAAUACACGGGACCCUCAACAUUUAAAAGCAGUCCCUCUUAAAGCCUGGCUUCUUCCUCUUAAGUGUCUGGAUGCAACAUCUGCUCAUGUUGUUAAAGAAAUGAGUGAAGAUCAGUUGUUAGAAGCAGAGAAACGUCUGGAAUACCUGAAGAGUGACAUUGAGAUUUGUCAGCAAAUAUCUAAUGAUAAACGUCAUGAGGAAUUUAAAUCACUGCUGAGAUUAAAUGACUGUUUUGCUGAGGGUUCCUUACUUCUACAGCAGUACCAGUCUGUGUUUCAAAGAAGACUGGCCUCCAGCAUUAAGGCCAUACGAGAAAAAGGAGCAGAAAUAGAAAAGAACCUACAAGACCUUAUGAAAAGACAUGACGAGUCACCAUUCAGUCCACUGACUAUAAAACAAUGGCUAAAAAACCAAGUUGCUGAGAUGAGGGCCUUGAACCACUGCAGAUCUGCUAAUGUCAUUAUUGUAAAAUCCAAGAAUGAGUUACAGAGCAUCAUACAAAAUUCCCAAACAGACGUGAUGUGUUUCGCUUUGACUUCAGUGGAGGCUGAAGAUGCAUUCGUUUCACGUCUAAGGCAACACCUCGAUUUAGUAAACACCACAAACACAGAACACGAGGCACAGCAACCGUUCAGACUGCCUGAUACAAGUCAGAAAAUUAUCUCGGACCUUCAGAGAUUUCUUUUCUAUAAAGAGUCUUACUAUAAUGCCCAGCAAACCAUGUUCCUAGCUGCCUCUGUACCUGAUCCACAAUGCUCGGGGUCCUCCAUACAUCUUUACCAGUCUGGAAGUCUGGUGAGCUGCAAUGUAAAGCUUGAUAUAAAGCCAGAACCAGCAGAAAUAAUUGCAGUACAACAGACAAGGGCAACCGUGAAACUACCAAAUAUAGAGACCCACAGCACUAAACAAUACAGAGUGGAGUACAAAGCAGAUAAGCAUUUGAAGUGGAGAGCCACUGACUGUUUUGAAGAGAACUGUGUGAUUUCUGAUCUUGUACCAGAGUUUAACUACCAGCUCAGAUAUGCAGUAAUAGACAAUGACAGCAUGAGUGACUACAGCAGGAUCACAGAGUUCUACACACCCGCUAAAGCCAGACCUGGAGCUCCUACCAUUCUUAAACAAAAUGAAGAAUCUUACCUCAUUGCCUGGCAGAGGCCUGAAACUGAUGAAGACUCCCCUGUGAUCUGCUACGAGGUGGAAUACAUGGAGCCUGGUCUGAAGGGCUGGCAGUCCAUUCAAACAGAUGGUCCAGAGUGUGAAUGUACCAUUUCCCUUCCUUCUAGCACCUGUUACAAAGCCAGAAUCUCUGCUGUCUAUGGAGAUAAGGACAUCAGCAGCCCUAGUGAAGAAACAAAGGCUCCUGUUCGUGUUUGGUCUAUAGAUCUCUCAAAAAGAAAGGCCUCCAUCUUCCUAGAUGUGUUAAAAGUCCAAGCAAGACCUAAAUCUAUAAAAAUUAGAGACUGUGUAGAUGAUGAGAAUGAAGUGAAAUGUUUCCUUCAGGCUCUACCUUACAUCUCACACCUGAGAUUUGAUCCACCUCACAAUUUGACCGACUCUCAUAAAGAAUGGAGACAGAGAGUGAGAUCGUUCCUGUUGAAUCUGUGUCUGCAGGCAGCCCUUCAUCAGAAGGAGAGAAUUCUGGACACUCUCAAACUGCCUUUAUGUUAUUUGAAGACAAACGAAGAGCUGUCUGGCUUUCUGCUCGAUCUGUACUCACAUGCUGAGGACUAUGAGGCUCAAAAAGGCAGGAACUUACUUCCAGCUUUAGGGCCAGUUUUCCAGUCACUUCCUGCAGUCUGGUCCAUCAACUUCUCAGAACCAAGAGCUUCUUCUUUUUUAAAAGUGCUGAAGCUCCAAAGAAAGAAGAAACCUGUAGAACUGAAAGGCUGGACAGAUGAAGAAAGUGAAAUUAGAAUUCUUCUACAGUGUCUGCCUUACAUCUCUCAGCUGAGGUUCAUUCCACAACAGAAUGUGAGAGAAUACGGUCAAAAAAACCAAAAGAGUGUAAGACCAGUCCUGUUUAAUCUCUGUCUGCAAGCAGCUCUUUAUCAGAACGAGAUGAUUGAGACAGCUGUGGAGACUGCAGUUCUACCCUGUUUGAAAACAGAUAAAGGAAAAUCUGCUUUCCUGCUGAAUCUGUACUCCAGUUUAAAAGAGUACGAGACAAAAACCAGUGAGAGUGUUCUUAAAUUCUUACCAAAAUUUUACCAGCUAUUUCCUUCAGUCUGGUGCAUAAACCUCUCAGAGACAAGGGCCUCGGACCUUCUGGAAUUGCUGAAGCUGCAAACACAGAAGAAACCCUUAAAGCUAAGCAGGCUGACAGAUGAAGAGAGUGAAAUAAGGAGCCUGCUUCAGUGUUUGCCUUACAUCUCUGAGCUGAGGGUUGAUUUGCUUCUACAUGGAAGAAGAAAGAAAUUAACAAUUGUUGAGUUUUUGGUGAAGCUGAUUGUUGCAGCAGCAGCAGAGUGUGAUACCCCAACAGGACAGAGUUUCUCGAAGAUUCUGGCAUCUGUGUGCAGUUUCACAACUUUCUCAUUUAUGGCAAAUGAUAAGCAGUAUGACAAUACUGAUCAGUGUAUGAUUAUGCUGGAUCUUUACUCGAGUGUGAAUAAGUAUGAGAUUGAUACUGGCAAGAAUGUCCUUCCUGCUUUACUGGAAAUAUUCCAAUCAGUUAUGGAAGUUUGGACCACAGACCUCCUAGAAAAAAAGGCCUUACUCUUCCUAGAAGUGCUUAAACUUCAAACAGUGAAGAAACAUUUGGACUUGACUGGCUGGUCAAAUGCAAAAAGGAAAGUGAGGAGCUUCCUUCAGUGUUUGCCCUUCAUCUCCCACUUGAGACUGUACAGUGAUGCAUUGCUGAAAAUGGCGAAAGCAAAUAGAUUACGAGCUCCUGCUUCAGUGUCCAUUGAGGAACUUACACUAGUCCUAAGCAGCACCCAGAAAAGAGAGGAGACUUUUUUUAAGGUCCUGAGCAACUUGUCAUUCCUCCUGAGACUCUGGAAUGUAAAGUGUCUGAACUUGACUGAGUUCGAGAUAGAUGCUGAGCUGCUAACAGACCUAGUAGCCAACCGAAGCCUGCCAAAAAUCAGAUUAUCUGAAGAGACUCUUCAGCAGCUGGCUGCAGUGGUUUAUAAAGCUCAGGAUGAGGAACUUGCUUGCCGUUUCCUGCAGAAAGUGGGUGGAGACCUAACAUCAUGCUCUCUAAAUUGGGAAGUGGUUAACUAUUUCUCAAAGUGUCACAUGAUCACUGUGGACUUCAGAAAGAUUAACAUCAGUCAGAAAAAUAUCCAAGACCUUCUACCAGUGCUUGACAAAGUUCAGUUCAGAAGGUUAAAGUCCAGCUUCUUGCUGCCCAUCAUCAAAGAAAUCUAUGAGACUGGUUCCUCUCAGUCAGUGUCCAGUUUGCUGAAUUCAUUAGAGAACUGCAUCAAGCUGAACAGCAGAGACCUGGACUCUGUCCACUGUGCUGCCCUGCGCUACGUCCUUCAGCACUGCACGGCCAUCUCUCUUAGCUUGCAGUGGACCUCCAUACCAGAGGAGGAGCUAAAGAGCAUCGUGCCUUUGCUUAAGCAUGUCUCCCAUCUCAGUGUUGACAGGUUGCUGCUGCUGAGGCUGCUCCACUGCUGCAGUGUUUCAGAGGUCCAUCAGGAAACAGAGUUUCUGUUCUCGGCUCUACAGCAUCAGCUGGACUUUUCCUCCUCUACUCUGGACCUGACGGAGGACACGGAGGAGACUUCUGCUCUGUUCCUGAGCAAAGAAGACUGUAGAGUCAUCACCACCACCAUCCAGAGAGCUAAAACACAAACACUCCUCAUUCUCCAGGACUGUGAGAUAGAGAAGACUGGAGUGGAACAGCUUUUCAGCAUUUUCCACAAAGUUAAACUACGCUGCAGUAAUGCUUUGACGCUUCAGUUCCUGGAUCUUGUACAUGCUGGACCUGAGGAGCAGAAUGUCAGGCGUGCUGUGAUUCUUUCAAAGGUUUUGGGAGAUGAGGUGGACCUCAGUCAGACUCAUUUGAAACUGCAGUCCUGUAGAUCACUGGCACUGGUUUUGGAUCAGACCGAAGGCCUUUCAGAACUGGAUCUCAGCCACUGCCAGCUCACCGAUGAUGGUCUGGAGCAGCUGCUCCCUUACCUGCACAAAACCAGCGUCCUAGACCUCAGUUACAAUGAUAUUACUGAUGUCUCAGCCAGAAAAAUCUAUGAGAGAGUCUCUGGUAACAACAAUGUAAAGUCUGUCUGUCUCUUCAACAACAGAAUUACUGACACAUCGCUCUUCUUCUCAGACCUGCGCUUUGAGAUCUGGUGAUUAGCUUUGAUAGAAGUCUGCAUUGCUGAAGCUUUUUUAUAUCAAAGGCUAAAGGGGGUUUAUGUCUAUCAUUUCUAGGGAUUUCUAGGAUUCUAGGGCUGCUUCUAUUGUAGCUAUAGAACUAGUUGCACUGUUUUCACCUGUAGUUUGUGGACUAACUCUAAUCCUAGAAAUGAUUUUUCACGUACACCAGCCUGUUUGGAGGCUGGGGUCUGAGUGUAGGCCACUGUAUGGCGUGCCUGGAGCUGAAAGGGUUAAGGGCCUUUCACAAGGGCCCAGCAGUGGUUGCAUGGCAGAGCCAGGAUCUGGACCCAAAACCUUUUGAUUGAUAAACCAAAUCUCCACCCACUAGACUACCAUUGUCCAAUGAAAGUGCGUAACUGUGGACAGUGUUACUUAUGAUUAAUGGCAGACCUGGUUUUGGUGGUUCUUGGAUCUGAUUAUCCAGACAAACUUCAUAUCAGCAUAAGGUGACAUUUUUGGGCUUUCUUCCCAACCAUGGCAAAGAGACCACUGUUCCAUGUAGUCACCAGUCGAAUUCAUACAUUCACUAAUUAAAUAUUAAUUAUAUGUUGCCAAAAGUAUUCACUCUCCCAUCCAAAUCAUUGAAUUCAGGUGUUGCAGUAAUUUCCAUGGCCACAGGUGUAUAAAACCAAGCACCUAGGUAUACAGACGGCUUCUACAAACAUUAGUGAAAGAAUGAGUCGCUCUCAGGAGCCCAGUGAAUUCCAGCGUGGUACCAUGAUAGGAUGCCACCUGUGCAACAAGUCCAGUCGUUAAAUUUCCUCACUACUAAAUAUUCCACAGUCGACCGUCAGUGGUAUUAUAACAAAGUGGAAGUGGUUGGAAACGACAGCAGCAGGCCACGUAAAAUUACAGAGCGGGUCAGCGAAUACUGAGGCACGUCCUGAGCAGAGGUCGCUGACUUUCUGCAGAGUCAAUCGCUACAGACCUCCAAACUUCAUGUGGCCUUCAGAUUAGCUCAAGAACAGUGUGUAGAGCUUCAGGGAAUGGGUUUCCAUGGCCGAGCAGCUGCAUCCAAGCCUUACAUCACCAAACACAAUGCAAAGUGUCAGAUACAGUGGUGUAAAGCAAGCCGCCACUGGACUCUAGAGCAGUGAAGAUUGGGGUGCAGUGUUCAGAGCAGUGUUCUCUGGAUUUAAAAAUCACGCUUCUCCGUCUGGCAAUCCGAUGGACGAGUCUGGGUUUGGAGAACGGUACCCGUCUGACUGCAUUGUGCCAAGUGCAAAGUUUGGUGGAGGGGGGAUUAUGGUGUGGGGUUGUUUUUCAGGAGCUGGGCUCGGCACCUUAGUUCCAGUGAAAGGAACUUUUGCUGCUUCAGCAUACCAAGAGAUUUUGGACAAUUACAUGCUCCCAACUUUGUGAAAACAGUUUGGGGAUGGCCCCGCCAGACAUGGAGGAGCGAGUUUGACUGGUCCUGACCUCAACCCGAUUGAACACCUUUGGGAUGAAUUAGAGCGGAGACUGUGAGCCAGGCCUUCUUGUCCAACAUCAGUGUCUGACCUCACAAAUGCGCUUCUGGAAGAAUGGUCAAAAAUUCCCAUAAACACACUCCUAAACCCUGUGGAAAGCCUUCCCAGAAGAGUUGAAGCUGUUACAGCUGCAAAGGGUGGCGACAUCAUAUUAAACCCUAUGGAUUAAGAAUGGGAGUCACUCAAGUUUAUAUGCGUGUGAAGGCAGACGAGUUAAUACUUUUGGCAAUAUAGUGUAUUUACUAUACUGAUACUAAGCUAUAUACUAUACUAUAUUUAUAUUUUACUUAUACUGAACUAUAUACUACACUACACUACACUACACUAUACUAUACAGUUUAAUAAAUGUGAUCAAAAUAAAUGUUAUUAAAAAGUAUCAAUCUGUAUCAAAAAGUGAUUCAUGCAUGUAGCAUGUAAUAGUUACAUAAUAUUAAUUAUAUUAACAACAGCUGAGUGAAUAGGCUUUUUGUUAUCUUUUAGUCAAUCUAUUGCAUUAAUUAUUAACAAUAUACGUGGUUUUACUUAGUAAAGAUUACUGGAUAUAAUCAAAUAAAACUUAUUAGAAGUAGUCAGUGUAAUCAAAGGCUUGUCUCAGUGGAAUCAGUGUGAAAACUGAAAUUUACUAAGGUGAGCAAUAUUUAGAAUCAAUAUGUUUAGAAAAUAAUGCUGAAAUCUAGAGUCUGUGGUGGAGCAUGAGAAUGUAACAGAAUCAUAAAAAGUCACAUAAAAAGUCUCACUUUUGGGAUCAUGUUUGUUUUGUUUGCAAACUACUUAAUAAACUUGUUGUUUAUCUGCA